UCCACUCCUUUCUCUCCACCUUUUUAAACCCCCCACCCCCUCUACCAUUCUCUUCAUGACAUACCACGCCUCACACACACAAUAACACACACCACUCCUCUCUCCCUCCCUCUCUCUCUCUCUCUCAUGGGGGCUCAACGCCAUUUCCAACCAAUAUUGAAAUGCAGCUCCGACGGUCGAGCCAAUCAGACAGUGGCGGCAGACUUAGAUGGCACGCUUCUUGUGUCCCGAAGCGCUUUUCCCUACUUCAUGCUUGUGGCACUUGAAGCUGGUAGCCUUGUGAGGGCAAUCCUCCUCCUAGCAUCGGUUCCACUAGUGUAUUUCAUUUACUUGUUCAUUUCGGAGUCGCUAGCCAUUAAAAUCUUUAUCUAUAUGGCUUUUGCGGGACUCAAAGUUAGAGAGAUUGAGCUUGUUUCGAGGUCAGUCUUGCCCAAGUUCUAUGCUGAGGAUGUGCACCCCGAGAGUUGGAGAGUGUUUAAUUCCUUUGGGAAGAGGUAUAUCAUUACUGCCAAUCCUAGAAUUAUGGUGGAACCCUUUGUGAAGACCUAUAUGGGUGCCGAUAAGGUUCUUGGGACCGAGUUGGAAGUAUCGAACUCCGGAAGGGCGACUGGGUUUGUGAAGAAACCAGGAGUUUUGGUUGGGGAACAUAAGAAAGCGGCAGUGCAGCAAGAAUUUGGCAUGAAUUUGCCAGAUGUGGGCCUGGGAGAUAGAGAUACGGAUCAUGAUUUCAUGUCCUUAUGCAAGGAAGGAUACAUGGUGCCAAGGACAAAAUGUGAGCCACUACCAAGGAACAAGCUUCUGAGUCCAGUCAUUUUUCACGAGGGACGUUUGGUUCAGAGACCCACCCCUGUGGCUGCCCUGUUGACUUUCUUAUGGAUGCCAAUUGGGAUCAUUCUCUCCAUCCUUAGGGUCUACCUCAACAUUCCCUUGCCAGAGCGUAUUGUGAGGUACAAUUACAAGAUCCUGGGAAUAAAGCUUAUUGUUAAGGGUACACCUCCUCCCCCGCCAAAGGGAGGCCAAAGUGGAGUCCUCUUCGUUUGCAACCAUAGGACAGUUUUGGACCCCGUGGUCACGGCUGUGGCUUUAGGCAGAAAAAUCAGCUGUGUCACUUACAGUAUUAGCAAAUUCUCCGAGCUAAUUUCUCCAAUCAAAGCCGUUGCACUAUCCAGGGAGAGAGAAAAGGAUGCAGCAAAUAUCAAGCGCUUACUUGAAGAAGGUGAUUUAGUAAUUUGUCCGGAGGGAACUACAUGUAGAGAGCCAUUUCUGUUGAGAUUUAGCGCCCUUUUUGCUGAGCUCACUGAUAGAAUUGUGCCUGUUGCCAUUAAUACCAAGCAGAGCGUGUUUUAUGGCACGUCAGCCCGGGGUUAUAAGUUGUUGGAUCCUUACUUCGUGUUCAUGAAUCCAAUGCCCACCUACGAGAUCACCUUCUUGAAUCAGCUGCCCGCCGAGCUCACUUGCAAAGGUGGGAAAUCCCCAAUCGAAGUUGCAAAUUACAUCCAGAGGGUGCUGGCUGGAACCCUUGGCUUUGAGUGCACUAACUUGACCAGGAAGGACAAAUACGCCAUACUUGCCGGAACAGACGGCAGUGUUCCGUUCAAGAAGGAAAAGGAAAAGGAAAAGGCUUGAGAACUCAAAGUGAUUCAAAGUAAAUUAAUUAGUCUCAUGAUUUUCUAUUGUUUUACAUAUAUUAUAUGCCGGAAUCAUUAUCAUGACAAUGAACUCCGAUUGUGAUGAUAAUAAAUUGUUGUGAUUAUAAAAAUAAUAGUUUCUUAUAUUGUCAUGGAGACAAGUCAA